AUGGCUGGGUCUUGUUAUGUGCAGACUUUGAUGCUCCGGACUGAUGAGGUGACUGCUCCUAUGGCAGCUGGUCAGCCCUUGUUUCAGCCUCCCUUAUCCUGUCGUCUUGCUGCUUGUGACUCAGUAUGUUCUCUACCAUGCGGUAGAAGGACUGUGAGCCGCGAAAGGAAGCUGCCUCGAUCUGAUCGUGUGAAGCCGAAGAAUCCCGGGAUAGGAUAUCUUACGAGCCGCAGAGCAGGUUUUGGACCUCCUGGGAACUAUAUUUCUUCCGCCAACAUACGCUCUAACGUCUUACGGAUAGAGUUCCCAGUGAGGGCAUACGAAAAGCGUGGGCUCGACAGUGUCUUCCGGGUGUUGGCAGUAUAG